AUGAGCCGGCUCUGCCUCUCCAUCGCCCUACUCGUCCUCCUGGGCACCCUGGUGGCCUGCACCCCGGGGGGUAAACACAAGAGCCAUGCCAGAGAUCCCGCCCCAGUCCCUGCAGCCCUGCGCCCUGCCUUCUGCCUGGAGCCUCCCUACACGGGUCCCUGCAGGGCCUUGUUCAUCAGAUACUUCUACAACGCCAAGUCUGGGCUCUGCGAGACCUUUGCUUACGGCGGGUGCAGAAGGAAGCAGAACAACUUCCUGGAUAAGGAGGACUGCAUCAGCACCUGUGGUGGCCACAACGGGGCCCGGGAGAGCCGGGCAGCUGGGCUCCCCUGAGAUGGUGAA